AUGAUUGUGGAGCUGGUCCGAGCGUCGUCACCUCCGAUGUCCGCUUCUCCGCCGAGCAGCUCAGCUUGUCAUAUCAGUCAUACAUACCUCACUUUUCCUCCCCUUCGCGUCCUUUCUGUUUCUUCCGCGGAGACAUGUUUUGCCUUCCUUGUAGAUGAGAAGAUGCCCCUCCCCCCUCGGGCUCCCCUCCGCGCUUGGUCCCGAGUCCCGCUUCCUCGAGUCGCGAAAAAAUGGGCGCCAUCACGAAACAUCAGCACCGCGCCGGCCGUCGACCAUGUCGAACCUUUUGCUCCCCCACCACCGCCGCCAUCCUCUUCCCCUCGAGCGGAGAAAGUGCGCAAUGCCGCGCCCUUUUCCGCCUUUUUAACCGACACGCACUCUCGACAACACAAUUACCUCCGCAUUUCUCUGACGGAACGAUGUAAUCUCCGAUGCACCUAUUGCAUGCCUUCCGAAGGCGUUCAACUCUCUCCGGACCGAGAUAUUCUCACAACUCCAGAAAUUGUCUAUCUUUCCUCGCUCUUUGUCAACCAGGGCGUCACCAAAAUCCGCCUUACCGGGGGAGAACCUACCGUCCGCAAAGAUAUUCUACCAUUGAUGCAGCAAAUCGGGGCAUUGCGGAGAACUGGACUGAAAGAGCUGGCGUUGACGACGAAUGGGAUCAGUUUGCAUCGGAAAUUGGAGGGAAUGGUGGAGGCAGGGUUGACGGGCGUGAACAUCAGUCUGGAUACUCUGGAUCCUCUGCAGUUUCCCCUUCUGACCAGAAGGAACGGGUUUGAAGCGGUGAUGCGGAGUAUAGACCGCGUCAAGGAUUUGAACCGAGCGGGUGCGGGCAUCAAGCUGAAGAUCAACAUUGUGGCCAUGAGGGGUGUGAAUGAUGAUCAAAUCCUCCCCUUUGUCGCCAUGACCGAGUCGGAAGACUUGGAGGUCCGAUUCAUUGAAUACAUGCCUUUUGGCGGGAACAAGUGGAGCCAGAAGAAAAUGUUGCCCUAUGAGCAGAUCAGGCAGAGAAUACAGGACAAGUGGCCCACCUUUGAGAGAAUGAGAGAUGAGAGGAAUGCUGUGAGUAAGACUUGGAGAGUCCCGGGCUUUGUCGGCAGAGUCGGCUUCAUCACGAGCAUGACCGAGGACUUUUGUGGAACCUGCAAUCGAUUGAGGAUUACGAGUGAUGGGAAUUUGAAGGUCUGCUUGCAUGGCAAUACCGAAGUCAGUCUGAGGGAUCUCCUCCGAGCGGAGGGAGAUGGAGAGCCCAUGGAUGAAGGAGCUUUUGAAGCUCUUCGUCAGCUGGAACUCGAUCGAAGCGGAAACGGUAGCGAAGGCUGGAUCACCAAGGAACGACAAUUACUGGAUGUUAUUGGUGCAGCCGUCAAGCGCAAAAAGGCCAAGCAUGCGGGCAUGGGAGAGCUGGAGAAGAUGGAGAACCGGCCGAUGAUUUUGAUUGGUAAGCAGAAGGCUGUUUCUCUUUCACAUCCAUCUUCUAGACCGUCUCGUUCUACUCCACUGCAAAGUCCGUCUAGGAGUUUGCCCUGGUCUAGCAUUCCGCUACAUCUUCUUCAUCCAGCCACUUUGCAAUCAUAUGCGAGGUUCUAUUCCUCGAAGCCGGGCGAUGCGGAUUCCAAGUCCUACGAUGAUGAGAAGAUUACAGACGAUCCUUCGUCCAUUGAAGCAUCUCGGACCACGCCAGAUGUAGAAGCAUCACCAAGUUCUGAGGAGUACUCUGGAAUAAAUGCUCCGACUGUGGAGAGGGCAAGCACCAGUUCAAAGGAUGUCUCGCAAACUGCAUCUUCCACACUCAACGAGAGUCCCGCUUCACCAUCCCCUUCCUUCACACCUCCAGCUUUUGGCUUUCAGAGUCUCAGUGCACUCCUCCCAAAGCCAAAGUUGGCACCACGGCGACCUGUGGAGGAUUACAGGUUACUGAAAGUAGAGGAGCCGAUUCGAAAGGCCCCGAAACCCGAGAAGGAAGGCUGGGGUUGGAACAAAGACAGCGACGAAAAGCCGGAUCGUUCGUCUGAAAGAUCUGUACCCGAUGAGCAGACUGCGACGGAAGAUCGAAGUCGAAAGCCUACUUCGAGGGUCCAUGUUUGGAGACCUGGCAAUGAUAGUCCCAUUGCUUGGGGUUCAGACGGAACCAAAAAUUCGACCGAGAGAGCCCAGAUGAAUCCCAAAUCCUAUCCAGCUUCACGUGCACCGGAAGAAGCAGUGCCAUUUAAAGGUGACAAUUCCAACACCACUGUGAGAGCGGUGAGGAGACGCAAGAAUCCUUUUGAAGAAGAGUCUCCCACCGGCAACAACAAGACUCUGGUUGAGGGAACUGAUCACAGACGCCUCACUCCGCCUGGCAUGGUACAUGUCGAAGCAAAGAGACCUUGGGGAUUGAGUAAAGAUGAGACKGUCAGUAUUAAUUCAGUCUUGGAUCCAGGAUCACAGGAGAUUCCACGGAGUUCGACUUUAAAGGAGAAAGCUAUUCCUCCUCGGACAAAAUCCAGCCCUGCUGGCACUUCCACCACUUCAUCAUCUUCGUCAAAGUCAAGAGGCGCGGCGAAAUUAACACACCUGAAAUCCAGCGGAGAAGCACGCAUGGUCGACGUCGGUUCCAAAUCCAACACCCGACGAGUCGCCAUCGCUACGGGUACAAUCACAUUCUCCAACCCGGAAGCUUGUCGCCUCAUAUCAGAGAAUGCGAAUAAAAAAGGCGAUGUCCUGGGUGUGGCGCGUAUAGCAGGAAUCAUGGCGGCCAAGAAAACCAGCGAUAUAAUUCCACUCUGUCAUUCGAUGAUGUUGACCAAAGUGGAUGUUGACGUUCGAUUAUUACAUGGCAAUGAGGUUCUUGGGAUGAAGAUGGGAGGACAUGGGGCUGUGGUUGUGCAAGUUCUCGUGGAAACUCGGGGUCCAACGGGGGUGGAAAUGGAGGCUUUGAGUGCUGUUAUGGGAGCUGCGUUGACGGUUUAUGAUAUGUGUAAAGCUGUGGAUAAGAGGAUGCAGGUUGGGGAUACUCGAGUCGUGUAUAAAAUGGGAGGGAGGAGUGGGUUAUUUUGUGAGGAGAGGUGGAKGGAGGGUGUUGGRGAGGGGUUUUUUGUUGAGAGGGCGUUGGUUUUGCCGAGGGGAGGAGGGAAGGGGGAUGUUAGGGAGGGGAGUUCUUCCUCUGCUGGGAAUCGGGUGAUGGGGGCAGAAGGGAAGUCAAACGUACAGGUGGGAAUGGCGAAUUCGAGGGAGGUUGACGAUGCUUCUUCUCGGGCGUCGUCACAGCUGCGGGAGCAGAGUGGCGAGAAUCCUUCUUCGGUUGUGCGAAGAGCAGUGCUCGAGGAACCAUAUCGCGCCGCUGCGUUGAUGAUGGGCUCUUCCACUACAUCGACGCCUGCUGGUACUGGGACCAAUCCGGAAGGAAACCACGCAUCCACUCUCCGGACAUCGACACUAUCAAACACCACCUCAACAACAACAUUCUCCUCCUCUCAAAAAUCCCCAUCCCCCGAAAACAAACCCAGCCAAAAAAAAUACAUCUGCAAAUACUGCAUGACCUCUUUCCCCCACCGCACAGCCCGAAGAGAACACAUCCACGCCCAACACCCGGACCUUGUCGAUCCCUCGGUUUUCACGCGGAACUGUAGAGUCUGUAAGAAGAAGUGUGUGGAUACGGAUGCGGAAUUGGAACAUCUUGUCAAGGAACAUGGGUGGAGGGUUAGGAAGUGGAUGGGUGAGGAUGACUGGCAGGGUAGGAAGGGGGUUAUUAAGGCUAAGGAGUUGGUUUAUGAGGCGCCUGGAUGUGGGGGUUGGAGUGGUGAUGCUGGGAGUGGUGGGAGUUGA